AUGCAAAUAGCAAGAAAGGGUGUUGGCAAUUGGCUGGUUGCAGUUGCCAUAGACAGAGAAAUGUAUGCAGUUGGAAAAAUGCGAUACACCAUCGAAGAAAUUGAAGAAGGCGGCUAUGGCCCUGUUUUUGAGUGUUAUCUCGAUCAUACACCGGUGGCAGUGUCAUCUCAAGGAAGAACGCCUCUUCCGGAAGGGAAACACAUGGCGCCCACUCUCAUGGCAACUUCGGUUCGAAUAGCUGAAGAGAUUGCCACGGCCUUACUCUCUCUUCACCAGAUGAAACCCGAACCACUUGUGCAUCAUGACCUCAAAAAACCAGGAAACAUUUUGCUUGAUCACAACUUUACCUCAGCAGCGGGUACUUUCUGCUACAUUGAUCCCGAGUAUCAACACACAGAAGUGCUCGGAGUGAAAUCUGACGUUUACUUGUCUGGGAUUGUGCUUCUACAAUUACUAUCUGGUAAACCAGCGAUUGGCUUGACUCACAACAUUGACCGAUCAAUCGAGAUGGGGAUGUUUGAACAGAUGCUUGACCGUUCCGUGUCAGAUUGGCCAGUUGAAGAGGCCUUGAACUUUGCAAAGCUAGCACUGCAAUGUGCAGAAUUAAGACGAAAAGAUAGGCCGGAAAGAUUUUUAUGUUUUACUGUAUUGAAUGGAACAACUGAUUGA